ACCUCAGAAUUUGCGUCAAAUUUGUGCGCCAAAAAUCGUUUAUUAAUUCUGUUGCAUCCAGAUCUCUGCCAAUAGGUUUCUCAAAACUCUCAAAUGGAUAUGUGUUAUCUCUAAUUGUCAUUUUUCAGUACUUAAAAUACAUCCCUGAAUUCUUUUGACAUUUAAAAUUUUUAAUUUGGCGCGAUUGCAAAAAGAAAUAAAAUAAUUUUGCACGAAUAGUUAAUCAGUUCUUAUUUAUGCAAAAAUAAUAUCUUCACUCAUGAGUUUUGACGACACAAUAAAUGCCUAUUUCGUUACAACGGGAACGGUGGAAGAACGUAACUCCCCCAAAUGCGCUGAUUUGGAAAAGGCAUUUACUCAACUUCGUGGGCAUAUAGCAGAAGAAAAUAUAAGGCAUAUAAAUGCCAGUGAUGGAUUCCCACUUAUUGCUUCAGGGCAGCUUACGAAAAAGGAUGUAUUCAUUUUCGACCAGUUUGAAGGAGAUUUUUUCAAACAACUGCAACAAACAAAGUCACUUAUAAUAGGACCGCGAUGUCUUAUAACAUGUCUGAUAGACUCACUACCCGUUCCACUUGGCACUAGUCCAAUUUAUACAACGGCAAUGCGUGAUUUGCACAUUUGUGCCACAGGCAUACCGGCAGAUCAAAAAGAGCGUGUGCGCACAUAUAUUCAAUGGAUGGGUGGUUAUUAUUUCCAAAAUCUUAGUCGUCCAGUUACACAUCUAAUUUCAAAUACAAUCAAAUCUACAAAAUAUGAACAUGCGACGUUGAACGGCAUACCGGUGAUGCAUGUUGACUGGGUACAACGCGUCUGGGAACGCAGUUCUAUUGAGAAUGUUGCUGCAACUGACGAAGAGUUCGACAAGUAUAAGUUACCGAUAUUCUUUGGUACAAACAUCACUUGCACUGGCUUAGAAACUGAUAAGAAAAAUGAGAUAAUGCGUUUGGUGAAUGAAAACGGUGGCACCUAUCAUUGUGCAUUUCGUUCAGCACUUGUUGAUAUAGUUAUCACUGAACGGGGAAACACAAAUUCAGAUAAAUAUAAAGCCGCUGUGCGUUACAAAAAGGACAUACUUUGCCCUGAGUGGAUAUUUGAUAGUGCUGAAAAGGGCUUCGCUCUGCCUACAAAAGGCUACCAAGUGAAAUCAUUAAAAGUUUCAACUCCUAUCAAAGGCGAUCGUACACUCGCAGAUUUUACACAGCUCUCCGAUACAUCGCGUAUAAGCGUUAUGUGUGGUUCCGGCCGUAGCGGCAAAAGUGAACUCACAACAGUUAAUGACACAGUGAGCAGCGGCAUAAACGAAACAGCAAUUCAACAGAAAGAUGGCACAUUUGUAGCGCCAAUACCACGGGCAGGUACCUCUAAGGACUUACAGAGGGAAAUUCAUCGUAAACAAGUUGCUUCAGAUCAUUAUCGUCUAGUCUAUGAAGAGAUUUGUCCCAAACAAGCAAAGAAAGCGGGCAAUUUUUUGGAUGGUUGUUGCAUUUAUUUAAGUGGUUUUCGGCUGGAAGAAAGAGAAAAAUUAAAUCGGAUAUUAAAUGUUGGCGGCGCGACGCGUUACGAUGUGGUGAAUGAGAAAAUUACGCACAUUAUUGUAGGACAACUAGACGAUGCUGAGCUACGCGCCUGGAAGCGUGAUGGGAUUUUGACAACGGUAAAUAUCGUACGUCUCGAUUGGUUACUGCAAAGCAUCAAAUUGAAACAAGCUGCCAGCGAAGUCGUCUAUCGCAUGUCACUACCCAAUGCACGUGAGCCUGAUGCUCCUUCGCCGUCUAGCAAAAAGACUUUACGCUCUAUGAAUCAUAGUUUUAAACAACCAGAGAAGCCGAAAAAGAAGCUCUUCGAAAGUGAUGAUAAGUCUGAGCCCACAACUCCGAAAGAUUUGCCAUUCGAGGAAGACGAGCAACAUCUGAUCGCACAGUACUCGCAGGAGAAUGAACCAGCUGCCUCAGUACCGGCACCAAUUGCAGAUGUUACCACAAAUAAUGCAGAUCACACUUUAUCUGGGCCGGUAGCCUCAUCAACCUUAAAACCGAUAGCGCAUAAAGUUGCAGCGCCUGCAGCAAAUACAACUGCUGAGAAUGAGAAUUCGACAAAGAUGAAUAGUGAGAUCGACUUUGAGAAUUUGAAUUUCUUUGACGGCAUGUCGCUUUAUAUCGAUCGCGAUCACUUUCCCGAAGAAUUCUACACACAAAUGUUAAGCGAAUGUGAAGCGGCACAUGGCGAUAUAGUACCGGCUAACUUCGUAGAUAUUGUGGACUAUGCAAUUGUCUCGUUUGAGCGCACAUUAAAAGCUAAUAAGUUACCAGUCAAGGCGCGCCACAUAGUCACGGAUUUAUAUGUGGAAAACUGCAUGAAACAAAAUAAAAUGGUGCCCAUAGAAUAUUUCCAUCGUCCUGUGCCACACACUGCCAGCGCGCAGCCACUUGAGGGCAUGACAAUCGUCAUUUCCAUUUAUACAGCGUUGGAAUAUGACUUUAUAGACUCCGUAGCGCAAUUACUGGGCGCCUCUGUCAAUCGCAUAUUGGCCAAAAAAGAGCGUCCCCUCUUAAUUUGUCCACGCGCAGAAGGUUCUAAAUAUGAGGGUGCUAUUAAAUGGGGUUAUCCAGUAGUCACUUCUGCCUGGUUAGUACAAUGCGCAGUCGAAGGCAAGAAAUUACCAUUUCAACAGUACUUGGUAGGUAACAGUCCGCCAGAUUUUCCAAUAUCACCCACUUUACGCGAAAAAAAUCUACCCAAUGCAGUGGCGCGUCCGCCCACCACGCCGGCCGUUGCAGCCGUUGAAGCAAUGGAGACGCAAGAAAAUACAGAAAAUGACGUAAGCAUUGAAAUCGGUUUGAUGUUUUUGUUAUAUAUUAUCAUAUUUUUUAUGUUCCCCCAGAACACGCCCGAGGUGACUGCGGCCACCGAUUUCACGCCACUACGCAACAAACGUGUCACCGAAUUGGCCGGCUCCUUUUCGCGCAACAAUCGUACGUCACUUUCCAAUAUACCCACAAAUAAUGCGCCGGUUACGCCGGACUCGCCACAUACACCCACAAAUACUUAUGGGCGUUCCUCGUGCAAUUUCGAGUAUCUGGAAGGUGUUGUGGCCGAACUGGAUAACGAAGACGCACGCGAAUGUCUGCGUGAACUCAUCGAAGAGAUGCGUAACAAUCAGACACCCGAAUUGGAGCGUAUACGCCGACAAGCUUGCACACCCAUCAAUCGUAAAUUGCCCACACCGAAAGGUAUACCCGAUUUCUGCACCACACCCGAGUUCCAAAAGCGUAUGGCGGACGCAUUUGAGCGUCGCUGGCGUUUACCAACGAAAAAGCUGAAGGUGGAUACACCCAUCGAUGAGCUGCGUCGACGUGUGCUACGCUCUACGUGCGAGGCUUUAGGCAUACAAUAUACCGAUACUGAAGACAGGCCCACGACCAGCGCGAAGGCAGCUAAGAAAGCUAUGGCUGCCACAGCGGAAAUGUCAGCACUGGCGGCGCCUACUUCAAAUACGCCGCGCAGAUCGCCGCAUGACACAAUGAAUACGUCAGAGCAUAGCGUGAAGGGUAUAGUGCCACGUGCAAUCUUCGCCACAAGCAUGAACCACAGUCUGAACACGAGCGAACGCCGCACAACACGUGUCUCCGAUGCGGACGCCUUUGUGCCCAGCACACAGACACCUACCAGAGGCGGUAGUUUGGGUGGCGAGCCGUCGCAUAUGGUGCAGCAGGCAAGCUUUGGCAAGACCACUUUGGAUUUUGAUAAAAUCAGUUUCGAAAACACCGAGGCUGACACUUUGGCAAACGUCGCGAACGAAAACGACAACCGCAAAGAAAGCAGCGCUCGUGCCACUACCACAUUGGCUGCAUCCUCGCCGGAGCUACAGAAGAUCACUGAGUAUCUAAAGAAUUGUGAAUCUCGCAGGCAGAGUCUGAAACAGUCGCGACGCACAGGCGGCUCCAGCAAUGUAACUGGCAGUGGCGCCUCGGAUAGUGCAGAUACUGGCACCGACGACAUGGAUACGGAUGUGCCGCCUUGUGGCGCCGCAGAGACGGAAACACAAAAUUACGUGCAGCCCUUUGAGUCGGAGCAAUUCGGUUUGGGCACUGAGAAUAUGGUCGGUUGGCGCGAUCCCGUCGAAUUCGGUAAGGAACGACGUUCCAAAGCUUCGCCCAGCAUGCAACACAAAGGCAUACCGCGUUUCAGCAUUUCGUGCGUCGACGAAGACACGCGCAAUGACAUUAUCAACAAGAUACAUAAGCUCGGCGGAACGGUAUCUGAGAACCUCGUCAACUUCGAUCCGCAAUGCACACAUUUCAUUUGCGAACGCCCGAAUCGUGGCGAGAAAAUGCUCGGUUGUGUCUCGUCGGGCAAAUGGGUGCUCAGUCUCAAGUACAUUGAAGAGUGCUACGCCAAGGAUGUUUUCGUCGACGAGGAACUCUACGAAUGGGGCAAUAGCAAAGCGUUAAAUCUACCACAACUAACGGCUGAUGAGCAGCUGUUGGCCUCGGCGGUGCAUCGUUGGCGUACGAAGCUCAAUGUGGCCACAACGGCCGAUGGCAAAAAGCUGGGCGCUUUCAGUGGUUUUCGCGUUAUACUACACAUUUCCGAGCGCAAUUCGGAGGCCGUGAAGAAUGUCUUACGCGCCGGUUAUGGCGAAGUGUUGUCGGUACAGUCGCCAUUUAGUGCUUGUAGUGCGUCGAGAAAUGCCACGCACUGCUUCGUGGAUGUGAAGAAAGCGCCGCUAACACGCACCGAUUACGAUUAUCUGCGUACGCUGGAUGUGCAGAUCUACUCGCAGAUGUACAUUAACUCCUAUCUAAUGUAUGGCGAGGAUGUAGACGCAGCCAAGUACGAAAUAAAAAUUCUAUAGACUGAAUAGUGAGAAUUUAUCAAUGGAAAAUAGGGCACAAAUUAUGUGUGAACAUGUGACUCAGUGCAUCUAUGUAAUAUUUGGUUUGAAAUUGUUGAAAUUUGUUCAUUGAAAUUCAAUUAAUAAUGAAUUAUUUACAUAGUUAAUGCAAAUUUACUGCUAAUAAACAUUAUAUAUUGCGAAAAACAAAA